AUGAGCCACAACUGGAUCCUCGGGUCCAGCAACUAUCAUGCUGUUGCACCUCAGGCCUCUCUCAAGGGUGGCUUUACCAUCAGUACCCAAGGACAAGGAAUUCAGUCUCUAGAACACCAUCUACAACCUUCCGUUGGCAACUACAAGCCUUCCAUAUCCGUCAAAGGCCAACACCAACUGGAGGCCACGAUAAUUCUGCAUGCUCUUAGCCAGAUCAUUUUUUUCAUUCGUGAUGCAUUCUACCUCAAAAACUCUGCAGUAUGCGUACAGCGUCCUAAAUUUUCUCAAUACAAUCGACAGCUUGCCGCCGGGCAUGAGCCACAUAUCAAGCUUUCUCUGGUCCACUUUCUAGCCUUGCCUGUAUUACUAGCAUCUGUUCGCAACGAGUCGACAUUUUGCGAACAGCAGUCAACUCAGUCGCCGUACUCCCGAGAGACGAACCGGUGGAAUCCAUGUAUGUCGUGGACUUUUUUCCGGCUUUACGGAGUACAGGCGCAAAAGAUUAGCGGGAGAUGGCUCUCAAGGGAAAUCACACGAUACGGCUUUAAAACGUUGCUCAUGCUGUUUCUCAAGCUCGCGUCGAGAUCCGGCAGCCAGUCAACUUUCACCCUGAAGACAAGCCAAAAAAAGGAGCAUCUGAAAGGACAAGGGUCCGGGGCCUCACGACAUGUACCCUGUCCUUUCCGGGUUCCCCCAAGCAGAUGGAGGCUGCCGGAACAUGCCGACAUCUGCGUCAAGAUGAACACUCCCACCCAAGGAUGGACAGAGAAACUGCAAGGACCUGAGAUAAUCAUGAGAUUUCGGGAUAGCUCGCAACUCGCGAUGAGGUCCAUCACGCGCAACGCCCAGGCUUCAAAGACCAUUCCAGACCCUUCGGAACUGGAGGACGACUGGGGUCACGCCGCACCGGGGCGCGCUACCCGUCAGCCGUCUACAGGCGUGCAGUUCUCCACACAAACUCAAUCAACAUCCCAGUCCCUCGAGUUCCCGCCCCCAGCAGAAAGAGGAAUCCCCCGAGCCGCAUACGUCAUGGCCCUCUCAUCCCAAUCUCCAUACUUCGAACCUGUUUGGAGGGGGAAGGGAGGGCGUAGGGAAAUGAGACAAGCCGCAAUGACCGCCACAAAAUGCUACGCCCGCAGCCACCACGUUUUCUCCUUGGUCGAGGAGGCUUGUGGCUGGGGCGCUACUUUUCUCAGUUUACCUGGUUCACUAACUGCACCAUGA